GCGAUUUAUCUCAAGGAAAGGACUCCAAGCUGUUCAACAUGACAGUGAUUUGGCUACUUUAAGGAUGCAAAUGAAAAAGCACUGAUUUACAUGCCAGCCUCGCCUCUCUCCUCACGUUCAGCACCCAGAUACUGAAAGAAAGGCAGAAGCCAAGCGCUUGGUGAUUUUGCACAGCACGCACACUUUGUUUGCUUUGAAAUGUAGGAUCAAACAGGGCCAUGCCGCACAAGGUUAGCCUGUUAGAGGACAAAUAUACUGUAUCUGUCUCUCUUUCUCUCUUCCGCUCUCACACACACUCGCCUCACGUUUCCGCGCUCGCUUUCCAACGUGCUGCUUUGACGCCCAGAUGUCUCUCCUGUGCCCGGCUCCUUACACACAGUUACACGCUGCAUACUAAUAAACUUCAGCCUGAACGGGAUGAACGAGACACAGAAAUGUCGUUCAUCUCUAUCACACGCUGAUUCUCCUUCACGCAACAUGUUGUGACAUCCUUUUCCUCCCGUCUUUACGCAUGUAAAGGACAUUACGCAUCGCCAAGACGAUGUUAUUUAGCACCACCGCGUCUUUAACGUCCACACUGCGUCGUUUAUUUUUCUCGGAGCUUGUAAUGAACGGAUUGCUUUUGACGGGAACGUUUGACGGGUUGCUGAAGAUGAAUGGACCAUGAAUGUGGACAAGAUAAAAUGACAAGGGGGUGUCCGGCUUUAAAAUCUAAACAUGUACGGGAAAAUGUGCAUUUAUUAUGAGUGAUCUCUCAUAUUGACACGUCCUGUGAGUGCGAGUGUGUGUGUGAGAGAGAGCGGGCGCGUGCGCACGCGCGUGUAUCCAUCGCCUGUAGUCUAUAGAUCUGUGUUACUGCGCCAGGAUGGAGAUGACGCAAAUGACCCAGCUCCCCAAAAAGUGUUUCAAGACGAACAUGGCGGCAACUUAACACAGGACCCAAGAUGAUGAUGAUGAUGAACAGCAGAGAAGAUCGAAGGCAAUCCGCCCAGAUAAGGAAAGCGCAGCUCGUUCAGCGUCUUUCCUUCCCUUGAGGAGAUACGGGGACACAGGCAGGAGCUUCGGGAACAGAGGAGGCAUGUUGUCACACAGAAAGCGCUUUUUCUCCCGGGAGCCAUGCGGAAUAACGGAGAUAUGACCGCGCGCGGCUUUAUCUAGCCCUAGAGAGUCGGAUACAGCUGCCGGGAGCGCUGUUUAACGGGAAGAAAACAUUACAAAUCAAUGCAUUUUGUGGCAGAGGAGCCGUCGCGGUGGAGUCGGCCAGUGCUGCUCUUUCCUGAAAUAUGACCAGGGGUGCUUGGACGUGUCGGCAGCAAGAUGACGGCUUAAAAAUCUGCUUCGCACCCCGAGAGGACGAAAAGCCAUUAUUCACCGAUUCGGAAAGGGCCCAGAGAUGGCGACUGUCCUUAGCCUCUCUUUUGUUUAUCACCGUUUUGCUCUCUGAUCAUCUGUGGUUCUGCGCCGAGGCGAAACUGGCGAGGACGCGAGACAAACGGCACACGAACCAUAUACUUUCAUCCAGCCAUCAGAGAGAGCAGAGUCUUAUUUUUAUAGGCAAUUCUACCAAACCUCUGUGGAGACUUGAAACUUGUCAUCCUGACAGCCUCUCCAAAAACUGCUGGACUUUCGGCGAGGCGGAAGCCGUGUGCUCGGGCCUCUCCGAGUGGAACCUGAGCGAUUUCUAUCUUUCUUUUUGUAACUCCUACUCGCUUUUGGAUUUGUUUCACGGGUUUAGGAGUCCGGACAAUUUGACCUGUAACCUGGACAUGGCUGAUGCGUCGGGAUGCAGCCAGUGCGUUCAGGCUUACCAACGCUACGACCGACGAGCUCAGGAGAAAUACCGAGAGUUUGAGCUUUUGGUACAGAAAUAUGAAACGGAUGUAUAUUCGGUGCGGACAUGCAUGGAAGAGUGCACGACUGUCUACAAACACUGGCUCUGUGCCCAGUUCUUCCACACCACACAGAUGCACUGCAGCAACAGGAUCCCCUGCAGGAAGUACUGCCUGGAGGUCCAGCAGAGGUGUCCUUUCAUAUUGCCUGACAAUGAUGAACUCAUCUACGGUGGAAGCCCCAGUUUUAUAUGCACAGGGCUCCAAGAGGACAACCCCUCAGACGCAGAGACAGAGUGCUGCGAUGUCCGAUGGGACAGCAGGGCGGACAACAGCUCCAAAGGCACUCUCAAAAGAACUCACCCGUCGUGUCAGCACGGGACAUCCCUGACCUCGUCAGCGGCCUCUAGACUGUGCAACAGCAGACUCAAACUCUGCCUGCUGGUCCUCGUCCUCCUUCAUACUGUUGCCACUCUCACUGCAUCCCACAAUCCCACUGGGUUCAACCUCACCUCCAGCUCCUCCAACGAGGAAUGACGGAAUAGCCACUCAGUAACAGUGCCGAUUCCAGCGACGUGACGGACUGUGGGUAACUUGCUGGUACAGAAACUGUGGACAUGCAAUCAAAGCAAACCAAGCAAACUGACGAAGCUAAACAAACACUGGACAAAUCCAAUCAAGCAACAAGAACAAGGGACAACACCGUAGCCUUUGUUGAAAGAGGCUUCUAGGGGGCGGAGUUCUCUCGCACCACGUUUUUUUACACUGUGUCAAUGGUUUGGAUUUCUGUUGCACUAGAUGACUACAGGAUCUAAUUCAUGUUUCUUUUCUUUUCAUUUGGGUCUUUGUGCAGAAAGGAUUGGCAGAGACGGAUGAGUUAAAUGUACAGUAUCCAAGUGAAUAUUCAAGACCGAGUGCGCGUCUAUGUGAGCGAACGGAUGAGUGCGUGUGCGCAUGUGUGCCUGUGCUUGCAUUCGUGUGUCCACUUAGAUGUUCUUCUCGUUUCUAUUCGUAAUCACAAACUCUCUGAAUGCUGCUCUAUUCGUUACGAGGGUUUCUAUUGCCGUUUAUCCAUUGACAAAUCUGCCUAGACAAAUACCAAGACACCCAACAAAAAGCCCAGGUUCAAACUCAGAUUCUCCUAUUAAGAUCCUGUAACCUUAUUAAGGUAGCCUGAUGUUUUUGUUGCUUGUAUGAUGUCAUUUCCUGCAAGGUCAGGUCAGUAGCUUUGGGGGUCUGGAAACAUUAAUGUCACUCAGUUAUUUGCUUAAGUGCUUGACUGAAAAGGUCUUUGUUGGGAUGUUACGUGGUAUCCAGACUUCUGUUAUUUUCUCCCCUCAAUCUGCAAAAAGACGUCCACAAAUCUGUUUUAAUGUUAUAUAUUAUAUAAGAUAUUAUAUUCUCUACCCUAUAUUCUCUAAUUGCAUGUUAGAACCAGAGUUUAGACUAUGCUGCUAAAGUUUUCAAGAAAUAAAUCCAAACAAUCUGAAAAAGAGGAGCUCUCACUCCGAGUACCGUCCAAAUUGCUGUUGGCAGCAUGAACCCAGCCGAUCAAAGCUUGCAAGACAAAUUACCCCAAUCACACAGAGAGGAUCCAUCAUUCCUUAUUACAGGAAAGGGCUUACCCAUCAUCUACACACAUUCACAUUCACGUGGCAUGAAAAACUCAGCGAAAACAAUGUUAAUUUGUUACAGAGACAGUCACGUCAGCAGGGAGUUGGGGAGCUCGAAUUUGUGGCUCCAGAUAGAAGAACAAAGGCCCGUCUCAGGUGGCAGGGCUUAAGGUAUCUGGUUCUUUGUGGGAAAGAGAGGCAAAGUUAAGGGCUGAUAUAUUAUUAUUUUUAUUUUUUUCUACAGGUAUGCUCUAAUGAGGAUGUGUCACUGUGACACACACAAAACGAAGCCUUGAGUUUAACUAAGUUCUCGACAGCCUCAGUGUGAACCUGUUAAAAUUACAGGCGACACACCUUUGUUUCCAUCUCAUACAUUAGGACAUGAUGGUCAAUGUUAGAUACACAUACAUACACAUUUCAUAUAUCAGUCACAGCUAGCUUUAACUAUGCUAACUAGUGUUUUGUAGCCAUAUUUGUGUAAAACAGGCCAACAUAAUGGGACAAAAUAGGAAUAAAAUGGAGCACAUGCAUUCCAUGUCAUUUUAUUCCCCGCCUUUAACCUAAAAAUAAGAAAAAUGAUUGUCUGCAUUCAAAUUCUGCAUGAAAUUCCGUUGCCAAAAU